AUGCGGCCUGAUCGUAAAGACACUACCAAUGGCGGCUUUACCAUCGGGGUUGCUGUAUGCAUUUGCCUCAUUGCCACAGCUAUCAACAUCUACACCUUCCAACUAUCCAGACCGACGAGGGUUCUGACUUUUCGUGACGUAGCAAAAAUGAGGCAGCCUAACCAAUUCAUUGGCUUGGAAAAGGUCAGCCCUGAAGGUCUCGGGGAGGCACAACCUAUCGUGAUCUACCCCAACCUUCUUUCUCGCAUCAAUCGCAAGAAGCCUACCGAAGUCUAUGGUGACGACCCUGUUAAAUUCGCCAAUUGGGGAGGCCUUGUCGCUCCCGAGGACCGUCCAUUUCAGGUGGAUGCGGAGUUCUCAACCAUCGUAGAGUUCUAUGCCGUCGAUUAUAAGAUGGAGAAUUGUGAGCUGGUCGUCCGUACGCCGAACUCAGGAGAUCCAAGAGAGAAUGUCGUUGACAUUUGGAGUCUUCAGCAUAAGUGGGAACGGUUGGACAUAGCGACACUUUCAUGGAACACCCGACCGUCGAGAAACCGGCUCAUCGAUACCAUCUCACUUUCGUCUCCACCCGAAAACUAUACUUACCCGUUUCAUUGCCCUUUAAACUCGUUACACUCGUUUGAGUUUAGCGCACGAAACCACGAAACAUCAGUGGGUUGGUCCCAAAAUUUAAGUGAUCUCAGUCCAGGUGUUUUUAUGAUUCAGUACCCCAGUGCUUGA